GCGGCGGGGGGCCAUGGCGGGGGCCUGGGACCAGGCGAUGACCCUGGUGGGGGCCGCGGCCUGCUGGGUGGCGGCGGCCCGCUGCCUCUUGGCCGUCCGCUUCCUCCUCCUCUGGGCCCUGGGCGGACACCGGGCCCCGGCCCGGGCCGCCUUCCGACGGCUGGGGAAAUGGGCAGUUGGCGAGGCUCGGCCUGAACACGGUGCUCAUCGGCAGGACGCGGGGAAAGCUGCAGGCCCUGGCCGCCCAGAUCCGGCGGGAAACGGGGCGCGACGUGCUGCUGAUGGAGGCCGACUUCACGCGGACGGACAUCUACGAGGGCAUCCGGGCCGGGCUCCGCGGGCUGGACGUCGGCGUUCUGGUGAACAACGUAGGCCUGCUGCCCAACCUCUUCCCCGCCUGCUUCCUCGACGGGCCCGACUUGGACGAGGACCUCGUCCACUGCAACGUCACCUCCGUGAUCAAGGUGAGGUCCCCAUCGGCCUCGCCGUCACCGUGGCAACCGCCGGGCUGGUCCAUCGGCCUCACCGUCACCACGGCAACCAUCCUCAUGUCACCACGGCAACCAUCGUCAUGUCACCACGGCAACCAUCGUCAUGGCCACGCAUCCAUCGGCGUCUGAUCGUGAGGGCGAGGCCUGAUUGUGAACCUGUCAUCUGGGGCCGGCCUGGGCCCUUGGCCCCACUACGCGCUCUACUCCGCCUCCAAGGGUCUGGUCUGCGCGUUUUCCAAAGCCGUGGAAGCCGAGUACCAGGAGAAAGGGAUCAUCGUGCAGGUGGUGACCCCGUUCGCCGUGUCCACCCCCAUGACGGGGCACCUGCCCCCCAACUUCUUCGUCAAGACCCCCGAGGCCUUCGUGCGGGAGGCCCUGGCCCUGGCCGCCUCGGGGGGCCAAGUCUGCGGCUGCCUGGCCCACGACGUCUUGCGCUGGCUGCUGGGAUUGAUCCCGUCGGGCGUCUUCUACAGCAACACGCUCCGACGGCUACUGCUUGACCGCUACACGCGCUACCUCCGGGCCUGCGGCGGGGUCCCCGGCCCCCCGACCCCUCUCCCACCUCCGAAGCCCUGAAGACCGUGGGCCCGGCACUGUACUGAACGACCCCCGGGGAGGGGAGGUGAUACAAGCUCAUCGGGCUGGACACGGUCUAAUACUAAUCAUAAUUACGCUCUUUUUAUGUGCUUAUUAAUGAUAAUAAUAAUAAUAAUAAUUGCCUUUUGCACUUAGUACAGUGCCCUCUACCCAGCAGGC